AUGUCGGAACCUUCCACCCCGAGAAAGGUCCUCCAGAUCUCUUGCUCUAUCGUUUGGUGUCUCUUAGCUGCUGGUCCAGUGUUUGGUUUCGCUGCUCUCAAGCCAAUAUUGAUCAGUGAAGGCGUCUAUCAGCACAAGUGCGAUGUCAGUACCGAUUCAUCCGCCGUAUAUCCCUGCACCAAUCAGGAUUUGCUGUUGAACUUCUUGUUCACCGUUGCUUGUAUGGUGACCAACAUCUCGGCCUUGCCUGUGGGGUCACUCUUGGACACCUACGGACCCCAGGUCACAGGCACCGUGGGCUCGGCUAUCAUUUUUCUCGGUGGUCUCACCUUGCUGUUUGCCAGCAAAAUAACUGCCAUUGAUGGUUACUUGUGUGGAUACACCUUGCUUGCACUUGGAGGUCCAUUUGUAUUCAUCUCAUGCUUCCAAUUGGCCAACAGUUUCCCCAAGAACUCUGGUUUGAUUUUGGCUCUUUUGACUGGUGCCUUCGAUUCAUCGUCAGCACUUUUUUUGAUCUACAGAAUCAUCUACACCAACUACUUCCAUUUGUCAGUGUCGAAGUUCUUCUUCUACUACUUGGUGGUGCCAGUGUUUAUCUUCGUGUGCCAGAUCACCAUCAUGCCUCACGACUCGUACAAGACGAUAGGUACAUUGGCCAAAAUUGCAGAGACUGCCAUUGACGAGACUGGAAAGCCAUUGAACAAGGACUUGCUUUUGCCUGUGGACAGAAAUGUCGUCGACGACUCCCCACAUCAGCAGCCAAAUAUGAACGAGCACACAUCAUUGCUCAUCAGAAGCUCGUCGUUUAGCUCUUUCCACAGAAACUCAUCGUUUGGUUCCUUUGGCAACAGAAGAGAUUCCACAAUCCUGAGAGCAUCCAGAAGUUCGCUCAAGUCAGUGUACGAACAGAGAGCUGAAGAUAAAUUGUACGAGUCAACCGGUGGAGUUUUCGGUAUCAUGCAUGGCUAUACUAUCACUGAGCAAUUGAAGUCCCCUUGGUUCACCUUGAUGACUGUAUUCACCACCAUCCAGAUGCUUCGUAUCAAUUACUUUGUGGCUACCAUCAGGGCUCAGGAAUUGUUCUUAUAUGAUAACGAGGAAUUGGCCAUUAGUAUCAACCAUUUCUUCGACUUGGCUUUGCCUUUGGGUGGACUCUGUGCAAUUCCUUUCAUUGGCCUUAUAUUGGACAAUGUAUCCACGCUCAGUGUGUUGUGGAUCUUGUCAGCAAUCUCCAUCGUCGUCGGAGUGUGCGGCUGUCUUUCGUGGUUGCCAGCAACUUACUUGGGUAUUGUUUUGUUGGUGCUCUACAGACCAUUCUACUACACGGCCGUGUCGGACUUCUGCGCAAAAGUGUUCGGCUUCGAGACUUUCGGUACCGUGUAUGGCACCAUCAUCUGUUUCUCUGGAUUGUGCAACAUUCUCCAGCAAGUCAUGGACAAGGUCACCCACACAUAUUUUGACAUGAACCCUAUUCCAAUCAACUCUUUGUUGACCGGAUUGACGGUCAUUUUCGCAGGUGCUAUCAUUAUAUUUGUCAAGUCGCAAGAAAUGGCGAUGAAGAGAAAGAACCUUGAGUUGGAAGCUCAGGAGGCUAGUCUCCGAGUGAUACCCCACUAG